UCCGCGCCCCCGCUCAAGGCCGCCGUGAGUCCGCUGUCCGCUGUCCGCGCCGCCGCCGCCGCCGCGAGCCGCCCGCCGUUGCUCCCGCCGCCAUGCUGCCUGCCGCGCUGCUCCGCCGCCCGGGCCUGCGCCGCCUGGUGCUCCAGGCGCGCGCCUACGCCGAGGCCGCCGCCGCCCCGGCCCCCGCCGCCGGGCCCGGGCAGAUGUCCUUCACCUUCGCCUCCCCGACGCAGGUGUUCUUUGACGGCGCCAACGUCCGGCAGGUGGACGUGCCGACGCUGACCGGGGCCUUCGGCAUCCUGGCCUCCCACGUGCCCACGCUGCAGGUCCUGCGGCCCGGGCUGGUGGUGGUCCACGCCGAGGACGGCACCACAACCAAGUACUUCGUGAGCAGUGGCUCCGUCACUGUGAACGCCGACUCCUCCGUGCAGGUACUGGCCGAGGAAGCUGUGACACUGGACAUGCUGGACCUGGCGACAGCCCGGGCCAACCUGGAGAAGGCACAGUCGGAACUGUCCGGGGCGGCGGACGAGGCGGCCCGGGCCGAGAUCCAGAUCCGCAUCGAGGCCAAUGAAGCCCUGGUGAAGGCCCUGGAGUAGGCGGUGCAUGUCUGUGGCCCACAGGGAAACUGAGGCAGCUCCGGGCAGAUGAAAACUGCCCUUGGCUGCUGCUGAAGUCGCCACCAGAGGGCAGCAGCGCUCCAGCUGCUGACGGAGUGUCCUGUGCCUGCCUAGGUCUUUCCCCAGCCGCCCGCAGCCUGGGAUCCCAGGCGCCCCCGAGAGCGGGCACGAGUCCCCCUCAGGGCCAUUAAACACCGGGAACCAAC